ACCGUACAAUCAAUUUGAUCAGAUGGGUGUCCUUCAUGAUAGUCAAGUGCCUAUAAAAACGAAAUUUUUUUAAACACUGAUAUCAUAACCACUUCGAUCUUCAAACUAACAAAAUGAGAGCUUUCCUGUGCAUAGCUCUACUUUUGGUAGCUGCUUCUGCCAAAGAUGCAAAACCAGCUAAAGACUCCAAAAAGCGUAGUAUCGACUUGCUGAACGGCGGUCUCUCAUACUAUUCUUCCGGUUUGGGAAGCUUCGGAAACGACUUGUCCUAUGGACUUGGCAGUUUCCAAUAUGGAGGAGCAUCUUCUUUCGGAAGUGGUCUUGAGUCUGGUCUAAUUGAAUCCUCUUCUCUUGGUGGUUCUUUAGGUGGAGCUUCUUUGGGCGCCAGCACUUUGGGUGCUGGUUCUUUGGGAAUUUCUUCUUAUGAUGCUUCUUUGGGCUCCAGUUCUUUGGGUGGCUCGUUGGGUAGCUCAAUCAGCGAUAUUUCUGUAAGUGGAGGAUCCUUGGAGGGUGGUAUUGUUGGUGGAUCUUUGGGUGGUAUCUCAGGAGCCGAUUUGUCUGGAGGUACUAUCAUCAGUACAUCCGUAGGGGGGCCAAUUUUGGAUGGUGCCUAUCAAGCUCAGGCUGCCAAAAUUGAAGGAAAAACCUUAGGAGUUGCUGUCAAUAAGCAAGUCCUUAAGACUGUUCUCGAAACUGUUGCUCACCCAGUUCCACAACCCGUCCCAGUUCCAAUAGUGAAAACUAUCGCUGUAAACAGACCAUACCCAGUCAAAGUGGAAAAGAAUGUUGCUGUUCCUGUUAAUGUCAAAGUACCUGUAGUUGUAUCCAAACCCGUUCCAGUACAUGUACCACAAGCUGUACCAGUACCAGUACAAGUCAGAGUGCCUGUUGAAGUAUCCAGGCCAUACCCAGUUAAAGUUGUUAAAACCGUCCCAGUCGCAGUUGAAAGACCAGUUCCUGUUCAUGUACCCGAAAUCGUUAAAGUACCAGUAGCUCAACCAGUUCCAGUAGGUGUAGCUCACCCAGUUGCUGUACCUGUGCCACAAACUUCAGUAGUGAAAGUUCCUGAAAUCAUCCCCGUAAAAAGCCACGUCAGAACUUUGACUGGUGUACCAACCAAUUUGGGAGCCAUUGGUCUUGGUUCCUUUACCAUCGGUAAUUCUUACGACAGCGGCAUCAGCUCCUAUAGUUCCGGACUUGGAUUGGGAUCAUCCAGCAUCGGUUAUGGUUCUGGACUUGGAUUGGGAUCAUCUAGCAUCGGUUACAGUUCUGGUCUUGGAUUAGGAUCAUCCAGCAUCGGUUACAGUUCUGGCCUUGGAUUAGGAUCAUCCAGCAUCGGUUAUGGUUCUGGACUUGGAUUGGGAUCUUUCAGCACCGGUUCUGGACUAUCCAACCUUGGCAUCGGUUCCGGAUUUGGUUCUUCCAGCAUUGGCUCUGGUCUCGCCACUGAAGUUAGCUCCGGACUUGGAUCAUCUGGUUUUGUAACAGGUUUGGGAUCAGGUCUGUCUUCAGGCAUUGGAUCUAGUUACUCCACUAGUAUUGGAUCUGGACUCUCUGGAUUUGGAUCCGGCCUUUCUGGGCACGGAACUGGAUAUAAAAUUACCCGUUACACAACCAAUCAUUUAUAAUUUAAUUAUGAAUAAAAUAAAAUAAAUAUUUGGAAAUAAUAGAUAAAUAAAACUAAUUUAUAAUUUA